AUGGCGUCCCGGCUGGGCUUCGUGACGGUGAUAGCGUCCACUCUUUCUACCUACUCCUACGGCAGAUCUCCAGCAUAUCGAAGGCUAUUGUCGGGUCGCGUAGUAUUGCUCAAUGCCAACGCGAAUGUCGCAAACCACAACCGCUUCGCUCCCCUCCAACCGGCCCCUCUGCGAUCACGCUUCUUGCCAGACUCUGUCUGUCUCCAGACGUCCUCGCCCCUGAGUCGAUCUUUCCACGUCUCUUCACAACUACAAGCCGAGGACGGCGGGAAGGCCGAAGCAAAGUCACGGCAGGACAGCAAAACUUCCGAGCCCGCAUCGGAACAGAAGCCUGAGUCUUCGGCUGAAGAGCAAUCUCGCCAAGAUCAGGAGGCCGAAGGGAAGGAGAGCGAAGGGAAAUCAGAAGGCGAACAGAAGUCAGAAGGCGAAGAGAAGGCGGAAGGCGGAGAGAAGAAGAAGAAGGAGGACCUCCCGCCUCCGCCUCCUCACGGCGACAAGACACCAUGGCAAGUCUUCCUCGAGACAAUGCAAGUCGAGUUCAAGCAGUCCAAGGAAUGGAACGAGUCCACCAAGGCCCUCGCAUCCUCGGCGCAUCAGUUCACCGAAAGCGAGUCUGUGCGAAAAGCGCGACAAGCUUACGAAACCACGUCUGGAGCCGUCUCUUCUACUGCCUCGACCGUGGUGAAAUCGACAGCCGGUGCCAUCGGCAAGGGAGCAGCGUGGACCUGGGAGACACCAGUGAUGAAAGGCGUUCGCAAGGGCGCCAACCUCACGGGGGACGUUCUAGACAAAGCUACCAAGCCAAUCCGAGACACCGAUGCUUAUAAGAACGUCAAGGACGUCAUCGAUGACGGGAGCAGCUCAAGAUAUGGUGGCUGGAUUGAGAAGGAGGAGCGGAGGAAGAAGAAGGAGCUGCGAGAGCAGAUGGAAAAGGAGGGCAAGGCAAGCGGUGAGAUAUUGGAGGAAGAUCCCAACGCGGGGACCAACGUCACCUUGCACAAAGAUGCUGCCUGGAAAGAAGCUUGGAGGGAUUUCCGGGAUUCCAACAAAUUCGUGCAGGGCGUCUUUGGCAUGAAGAACGUGUAUAACGAAUCGGAAAACCCCCUUAUCUCCACGGCUAGGAGCAUCACCGACCGGGUUGCGGGCUUCUUCGCCGAGAACGAAACAGCGACCGUCAUCAAGAAGCUGAGGUCCAUUGAUCCCUCCUUCCAGGUCGAGCCAUUCCUGCAGGAUCUUCGGGAAUACAUCCUGCCCGAGGUUUUGGAUGCGUACGUCAAGGGGGAUAUCGCAACGCUGAAGCUGUGGCUCUCUGAAGCGCAGUAUUCGGUUUAUGAGGCCUUGACCAAGCAAUACCUCGCAGCCGGGCUGAAGUCCGACGGCCGGAUCCUAGACAUCCGCCACGUGGAUAUCUUGAAAGCGAGGAUGCUUGAACCUGGCGAGAUCCCCGUUUUCAUCAUUACUUGCAGGACCCAGGAAGUUCACGUCUACCGCAAUGCCAAGACCAACGCGCUGGCUGCCGGGAUGGAGGACAAGGUCCAACUGGUCACCUACGCCAUCGGCAUCACUCGCGUCCCCGAGGAUGUCAACAAUCCCGAGACGAGAGGCUGGAGGUUGAUCGAGAUGCAGAAGAGCGGGCGCGAUUACAUCUGA